UGUUCAUUCACCUAAUCACCUUACAAAUCCCGAUCACAAUGCUUCAUGAUCCCAAUUUGAUAUCGGCAAUCUUCAGCAAAGAUGAGUUCCUGCUUCCUGGUUCUUGCCUCAUCACUUUCAUUUCAUCUCAAACCUCAUUCACUCAGCAAUGUAUCUUCCUUGGCAACCUUGGCCCCCUCACUCGCUACCUGCACACUCGGCCUCCAACUGCAACUGUCGAAUUGUAAGUGCCUCCCCACCAGCAUCCUCGCAGUUUGUUUUUGAUGGCCUGUCGAUUUCAGAGAUAGCCUUCCCUUUUUGUUUUCCACUGCUUCCAUUUCAAGCUCUAUUCAGAGAUUCUCUCAAUGCCUGACUUAACUACACGCUAGGUUGAAAAAGAUUUGUUGGCCACUGUGAGAUACCUUCUAUUAUGCCAAUUUUAUCUAAAAAAUUUUGUUUUGUUGACCGAUUUGCAGUUGGGCAAUUCUCUUAAAGCUUUAUUUCAGUGUUUCUUCGAGCAUAUUUGAUCUUCC